GUUUAUUAUCAAGCUCUGGCCCCCCUCUCCCCUUCUCUUUUAUCUCUCUUCACGACGACGACGGCGAGCCAAUUGCCGUCAAGUUAACGGAAAGAAUCUGCAAAUCUCACCGGCCAAAGCCAAACCAAGUGUUCUUCAGCUGUUGAUAAAUUCUGCAUCUCUCUCUUUCGCUCUCAAUUUCUUCAUCGGCUAUCUUCAAUGGACGAGGUAAUCACGGCCGCUGAUGCGACGUCUACCCUGCGAUCGUAUUCAUCGGAGACGUCUGUUGUGCCCUGGAACCUCCCUCUCCUCUCCGCCUUCCUUGCCUGCGCUCUCGCUCAGUUUCUCAAGCCCUUCACCACCUGCAAGGCUUGCGAAAGGUUGAAAGAUAAGAGAUGGGAUUCUAGAAGGAUGGUAAGCUCAGGUGGUAUGCCAUCUUCACAUUCAGCAACUGUAACUGCUCUUGCAACAGCUAUUGGUUUACAAGAAGGAAGUGGAGGACCAGCAUUUGCCAUUGCCGUUGCUUUGGCAUGCGUUGUAAUGUAUGAUGCAACUGGUGUUAGGCUUCAUGCUGGUCGGCAAGCCGAGUUACUGAAUCAAAUUGUGUGUGAGCUGCCUCCCGAACAUCCUGUCUCUAGUGUUAAACCUUUACGAGAUUCACUUGGUCAUACUCCACUCCAGGUUGUUGCAGGUGCUUUGUUAGGUUGUAUUGUAGCAUACCUAAUGAGAAGCAGCAGCUCCAGCAACUAGGUGAAUGUUGUACAUUAACUGAUUGCCAAUAUUACCAAACAUUGAAGAGGCAUUCGAGCUUCGUAAGUGUGGAGACAACAUCAUAUCUACGAAGUAAGAAGGCUCAAAGAUUAAAGUACAGAAUACCCACCCUGAUUUGGGAUUCUAAUUAUUGAAAAGCUUUGUUUAGUUGUUCUUAAUCCUAGCUUCGGUGCUUGUUUCCAAGAACUUCUCCUCCUGUCUUGGCAUGAAAUGAAAUUUUAACUAUGAUAUGACAGCAGCAGCUCUUUUGUCUCUCUGUGUAUUUGUGGAUAAUUUGAUACUCUUUUGUUUGUGGUUGUGUUAGAUUGACUGUGCUGUACUGCAGAAUAUAUAUAUUAGAGAAUGAUAAUCAUUCUGCUCCUUGUUAA